GUACCAUCAAGAUCCUACAACAGAAGAGUUACCCAAAACACUCGAUUGUUGGCCAUCAAUGAAUUAUUAUAUCACGGGUUGUAGAUAUGUUCUCAUGCCAUGGAAAUUCAAUGGAUGUUACGCCCUUUUCGUAAUAGAUCAUGUUAAAAAGCAUGUGACUUUUAUCGAUUUUACACCGACUCAAGAUUGGUGUAAACACAUGCCAUACAAGAGGUUCGUGGAAGCGAUUAUCAUGGCCUCAAAAAAAUAUAAGAUUGCUUACAGCAAGAAACGUUCUCGAUGGGCGGAGGAUAUCUUUAAGUGGGAACAUACAAUUCAGACUGGUGUUCCAAUUGACUUAAGAGGGUUUAAUACCAGCUACCUCGUUCUACAAGCUAUGGCCAUGUGGGGGAAUGACAGACGACUGAAAUUUGUUGGGGAUGCAAAGACUCUUCGAAGAAACUUUGUGAUUGAUCUUUUAAGUUAUGAGGACAAUUCGUGCCGAUAUGCCAUCCCUGCAAACAUACAACAAAGACUUGUCGAUAUCGCUAAAAAGGAUUAG